AUGUGGAAAGUGGUGCUGCUGGGUCUAUACACAGUAUUGGCUGUGAGGGGAUUGGCAAAGGCUGCUCCUUUCCAACCAGAAGAAAAAUGGAAGCCGCUAGAUAACCCGAGAAACAGAGACCUGUUUUUCAGAACGCUCCAGGCUUAUUUUUCGGGCAGGGGUCUUGAUCUCAGAAAGUUCCCAGCUACUUUCACUAUGAACAAUGAAGGACCAAGGCCUGUUGUAUUCUACUCAGAUCCUAUUGCUUCUGCAUUUGCAGAUUAUGAAGAAAGGAGAAAUUCUUUUCCAAAUUAUUUCAAAGGCUGA